AUGAUCCUGCAGACGCAGCUUCACAGCUCAGGGGGCCAGAAGCUGGCCCCUCCCGAGAACAGGGUCUGCGGUUGUGCCUUCAGUGGCUGCGCUUUUACCCCCUGGGCUGCAACAGGAAGUCAGGCGUUUCCAGGAAUAGUGCACCUGCAGGGCCGCAUUCCUGGGACGCACACACAGGGCCAACGUGCUGAGGGCAGUGAGCAGGAGGAGCUGGCCCUCCACCUGAGGCCCCUCCAGGUCCUACCCUACUUGGCGGUCCCACCUCGGUUCAGCCCCAAGGUUAUGGAAAGCACUCUGCUGCACCGCCAGAGGUUCCAGACAAGUCCCGUCAGCUGCAGUGUCAUCAGAAAGUCGCUGGCAGCCAGAGCGGAGAGGGCCGCGCUCGUAUUGAUCCACAUAAGAUUUUCCACAUCUUGUGGGUCCUCCUCCAAUGCCGGCGAUGCCAUGGCCAACUCCCGUCACGGAGGAGCCUUGGACAUGCUUCUGGAGGGCCUGGCCUCCUCCCAAGUGGAAAAUCAGAGCCACACUCGGGGCCAGUGUCAGCGCCACGGGGGCAGUGCUGGCCCUUGGAGUGGGGCCAAGAGGCUCUGGCCUGACGACGCACCAGGACGUGCUGGUGGGGACGUGGCUGCCAAGAGCGGCCGCCAGCUGGAGGUGUCACUGGCGCCCGCGUCCCCAAGGCUGACCUCCGGCUCACCAAAUACCUGGGCUUAG